AUGGAAACGCGGACGAGCGGCGGCGAACAAUUCACCAAAACUCCGGUGCCCCUGUCGAAAUCACCGGCCACCUCACCGUCUAUCCGGAACAUGACACAAACUGUAAUCGUAUCGUUGGAUGAGACUGUGACGCAUGAUAUCACAUAUGCGCCGAAUUUACUGGGAAAACUGCGCUUUUGGACUAUCUCGCGGAUUUUCGGAAUACAAUGUUUUGAUUGUAAAAAUAUAAUUUUAACCUUGCGUCGAUGGAAUAAAUUAUUUUUAGAACCGAACGAGUUCAAUCGGACUGUUUAUAAAUCGCCGGUAACACUAUGCAAAUUACGCUGUGUGAGCGUCGCUCGCACGUGGGAAGUUUGUUUUCUUUUUGGAGACCCAGAUGGAAAGUUGUAA